AUGAGACCGCGGUCGAUGGCGACCAAGGGAUCAUCACAUCGCUCUCGCAGCAACCGCCGGCGCAGCAAGAGAGCGCGGCGGCCUUCCAGGGAAGCAGAGCCUACGCCGUCGGGUCCAACGGGCGUGCACCACAUCCCCGACCACCUCCUCGAGCUCGUGCUCCUGCGCGUGGGCACGCCCCUCGCCCUACUCCGCGCCGCCUCCACGUGCAAGCGCUGGCGCCGCCUAAUCUUCACGGACGAUGCCCCGUUCCCGGACCACCGGUUCCGCCGCUCCCUCCGCGCGGCCCGCGUAGCCGGCCACUACCACGUCGACGGGAACAACCACAUCUUCGUGCCGGACCCCUCAGCGGCCGAUGGCCUCGAUAGGCGCCACUUCUCCCUCGACUUCCUCCCGGCCGUCCCCCACGGCUCCCUGCCCUGGGAGCUCGCCGACAGCCGCGGUGGCCUCCUCCUCUUCUACAGGAGGGACGUUGUCUACUACCGGAUGGGUCAUGUGUGGGAAGGGGACCCCGAGUACCUCCACUUCCCUGACAUGGUCGUCUGCGACCCGCUCAACCGGAGGUACCAGGGGAUCCUCUACUGGGAGGAGAUGUGGCCCUACCAGUGCCUUGGUCUGUUCCUGCUCGACGCCGCCGCCGCCGACGAGCCUGCUGCAGGUGGUAGCUCCAUCGGCAUGUCCAACUUUCGGGUGGUCGCCGUGGUCUACGAAAGCGAUGUUUUCGAGGAUGACCGUGGCGCCCCGCGCGCCUGCGUGUUCUCCUCCGGCGGCGACGGCGGCUGGCGGCAGGAGAGCACGGCCGGCGACGACGUCCCCAUCCCAGAGUACCGUUCGAUCAGUUUCGCAGGACGCGCACGUUCAUCCUUCUUCUGGCGGAUGGAGCACGAGGGUGCCGUGCUCGCUCUCGACGAUGCCACCAUCCAGUUCUCGCUCGUCACGUUCCCGUCUACUGUCGUGGGGACGCCGGAGGAAUCUUCAGCCUUCUGGGCUAUCGGCGGCGGCGACGGCGCGGCGCGCAUUGUACGCGUGAUGGCCAACAAUGACCUCACGGUGUUUCAACAGCUCCAGAGCAGCGGCGAGUGGGUGGUGGAGAAGCUCGUGAGGCUGCCGGAGGCGACUAGCGGGUUGUCGGGGCGUGAGGAGACGUAUUUCCAGCAACCAGCAAAGAUUGUGGCGACGACUACGAGGCACGUCCUCGUGACGCCGCAGGAGGAGACCUGGAUUUUCUCCGUCGACCUUGAGACGCUGGAGGUGGACCGGGCGCAUGAGAGGAACCGGUAUGCCGGUGCCGCGUACCCAUUCGAGCUGCCAUGGGCACCGGCCUUGCGAGUUGACCAUCGCCGGCAUCGUGGCAGGAUGGAUUUAACGAUUUAAUUGCCAGCGCAAAAUAAAUUAGAAACAAUUUUGCUAAUUCUCAUCUUAAUAGAAAAUAGUUAAGUCUCAGCUAAGCCCCCAUCUUUAGAUCUAAGAUAUAACAAAAUAGAUAAAAACACAACAAAAACUACGAACAAUACAGAUGAAAAAGAGUGACAAAUCAAUGGUUUGCUUCAUCAGUGUCUUUCAGAACCUGAUCAACGGUGGAAGAAGAGCCAUCCAUGUCUCCACUUCUGUUCACCACCAUUGCGGACGGUGGUCAUGUUUUUUUUCAUCUAUGCAUAAGAGCAUCUAAAAACGGCCGCAUAAAAAUUCCGCGCCCAAUAAACGUUAUAGCGCGCCACUGUAGCACUUUUAAUGCGUCGGGACCAACUUUGCUUUAGCAGACGCCCAAAAACGCGCGCCCAAAAAGCAGACAGUGCAAAUUGUGAA